AUGGAGUUUUUUCCAGUUAUUGCUCUGCUUGCAUUCAUUUUUCAGCUAAUAGCAUGGGACUCUGUCCUUGGAGCUGAUGCAGUCAUGGUGAAUUGUUCAGCUAAUGAUCUUGAAGCUCUUCUUGACUUCAAAAAUGGCCUUAAUGAUCCUGAAAAUCGGCUUUCAUCAUGGCGGGCCAGAGGCUGCUGCUUAUGGAGGGGAAUAGCUUGUGAUGACAAUACUGGUGCUGUUAUCAAGAUUGACCUCCGCAACCCCUAUCCAGUGAAUAGCUUUAAUGGUAGCACCACCAGGUACGGGUUUUGGAACUUGAGUGGAGAGAUUAGACCUUCAUUGCUAAAACUGAGGUCCUUGACGCAUUUAGACUUGAGCUCCAACACAUUUCAGGAAAUCCCAAUUCCUGAUUUUUUUGGUUCUUUAAGGAAUUUACAGUAUAUGAACCUGUCAAAAGCUGGAUUUACUGGUAUAAUUCCUCCAUCCCUUGGAAACCUUUCUAGCUUGCAGUAUCUUGAUGUUUCUUCAGAAUUGUCAACCUUAAGUGUCGAUAAUUUCCAGUGGGUGGGUGGCCUUGUUUCUUUGAAACAUCUUGAGAUGAACCAGGUGGACCUCUCUUUAGUUCAUUCAGAUUUUUUUCAUGUUCUAAACAUGCUACCCAAUAUAACCGAACUUCAUUUUGAAACCUGUAGCUUAUCUGGUUCCUUUUCAUCUCUUAGUGUUGUCAACUUCACUUCACUUGCUGUUUUGGACCUCAGCUUUAAUGGAUUGGACUCGAUCCCAGAUUGGCUUGUCAACAUCAGCAGCCUUGAGUAUGUUGAUUUCGACAGCUGCCAGCUUAGGGGUAGAAUUCCACUUGGCCUGGCUGAGCUUCCAAGGCUAAGGUACUUGGAUCUUGCUUUGAAUCACAACCUUAGUGCCAGUUGUUCCGAACUGUUCAAGGGAAGCUGGAAAAGCAUUGAGGUUCUCUCUUUAUCUUCAAACAAAUUACAUGGGAAACUUCCAGCAAACGUUGGGAACAUGACAUCUCUCACGCAUUUUGAUUUAUCUGUUAACAACGUUCAAGGUGGAUUACCAAGUUCUAUUGGCAGACUUUGCAACUUGGAGUAUCUUGAUUUGUCUAGCAAUAAUUUAACAGGAACUCUGCCUGAAUUGCUCGGUGGAACUGAAAGCUGUGUUUCUGGGAAUGCUUUAGCUAAUCUGUUUUGCCUAGAAUUAGGCAACAAUCGACUGGAUGGUAAAAUACCAGAGUGGUUGGGGAACCUCAAAAGUCUUCAAACACUGGGAUUGGCUGCCAACAUGCUUGAAGGUCCUAUACCAUCUUCUUUAGGAACACUUAAAAAUCUGACAAAUAUCGGAUUAGCAGGGAACAAAUUAAGUGGGACUUUACCAGAGACAUUUGGCCUCCCGUCUGAGCUGUCAGUCCUUGAUGUUUCUUUUAACCAGUUGACAGGUAUCCUAACUGAAGCUCACUUUUUAAAGCUGAAUAAACUAAAGAUCUUGCGGCUCUCAGCAAAUUCCUUCAUCCUGAAUGUAAGCUCCAUUUGGAUUCCUCCUUUCCAAAUUCGAAAUCUCGAUACUGGUUCAUGCCAAAUGGGUCCAUUAUUUCCAACUUGGCUUCAAUCUCAAAAGGAGAUUAAGUUCCUUGACAUCUCAAAUGCAAGUAUAUCAGGGUCCAUCCCUAUCUGGUUUUGGGAUAUCUCUGCUAACCUGUCAUUGUUGAAUGUUUCUUUCAACAACUUAGAAGGUCAGCUACCAACUCCAUUGGAAGUGGCACCUUUUGCAGAUGUGGAUUUGAGCUCCAAUAUCUUUACAGGACCCAUCCCUCUUCCUCUUGUCCCCAUUGAGUUACUUGAUCUCUCAAACAAUCAUUUUUCUGGUCCUAUCCCAGUGAAUAUAAGUCAAAUCAUGCCAGACUUGAUCUUUCUCUCCGUUUCCAACAAUGAGCUUGCUGGGGAGAUACCUACCUCCCUAGGUGAAAUGCCAUCACUGCAAGUUAUUGAUCUCUCCGUGAAUAAAUUAACAGGAAGCAUUCCUGCAAGCAUAGGGAAUUGUUCUUAUUUGAAGGCUUUAGACCUUGGAAACAAUAAGUUAUCUGGAAUGAUUCCACAAUCUUUGGGCCAAUUGAGCCAGCUUCAGUCUCUGCACUUAAAUGACAAUUUGUUAUCAGAUGAGCUUCCUGCUUUUUUGAAGAAACUGUCAAGCUUGGAGACCCUGGAUCUUGGAAAUAACAGAUUAUCAGGUAGCAUACCAUCAUGGUUUGCCAACAGCUUCUCCAAUCUUCGAAUCCUUAAGUUAAGGGAAAAUGAAUUUUCAGGAGACCUUCCAGACGCGAUUUCAAAUUUGAGUUCGCUCCAAGUUCUUGAUCUGGCAGGGAAUAAUUUAACUGGCAGAAUUCCAGCAAACUUGGGAAACCUAAAAGCCAUGCAAGUAGAGCAGAAGAUACUGGAAUAUCUAUUGUAUGGGGCAUAUAGAGGCCUUUACUACGAAGAAAGGUUGGUGAUCAGUCUGAAGAAUCAAUUUCAAAAGUAUACCAAAACUCUUUCCCUUCUGACAGCCAUAGACCUCUCAGACAACAACUUCUAUGGAAAUUUCCCGGUGGAAAUAUCAAAGUUAUCUGGCCUGAUGGUUUUAAACCUGUCGAGAAACCAAAUAUCAGGUGAAAUUCCAGGAAGCAUUUCACAUUUGAAGCAACUGUCAUCCCUUGAUCUCUCAAGCAACAAACUCUCUGGUGAAAUUCCAUCAAGAAUGGCUUCGCUAUCAUUCUUGAGCUAUCUUAAUCUAUCAAACAACUACUUAUCAGGUACGGUACCUUAUAACGGACAAAUGUCAACUUUCACUGCAUCUUCUUUUGAGGGAAAUUUGGGACUUUGUGGAGCUCCUCUGAGGUUAGAGUGCCAAAAUGGGGGUUCAGGAAACGGAUCAAAAACUGAAAAUGAUAGCAAUGAAGGAUUUAUUGAUGAAUGGUUCUAUUUGAGCCUUGGAUUGGGAUUUCUUGUUGGCAUUCUGGUACCUUACCUCAUCUUUGCAUUCAGAAGACCUUGGGCUGAUGUAUACUCUGAUUUUGUGGACAAAUUAGUUUACAAGUUACCAGGGAUGAGCAGAAGGAGAAAUAAAGCAUUGCAGACCAAAGUAUACUUUCAUAGAUAG